AUCAAGCAAUGUUUAAGAUAAACAGAGUUGGCCUUGACUGAUCAGGUGUUCCACGUACUAGUGUUUCCCAGCAAGAACAUUCUAGUGGUAACACUGCAGUGAAUAAUCAGAAGCCAGUUUUGAAUGUCACUAUAAACUUGAAGGUCAAAUUCUUAUAGGACUGUUCAUCAGAUUGCUUAGUUCACCAGUGCUCUGUGUUUUCUGGUGACAUACAAUCCAAAACGCAACAAGACAGCACACAAAGGUCAAAAUGGAGAAGAUCUUGUUGUGGAGUCUCCUGUUAACUCUUUCUGGAAGUCAAGCUUCAAGACCCUGGGCUGAAAGAAAUACCGAAUUUGCGGUGGAUCUUUAUCAAGCCAUUCGUUUAUCUCAUGAGAACAACAUCUUAAUUUCCCCUCUUGGAACAACUCUGGCCCUGGGGAUGGUACAGCUGGGAGCGAAAGGAAAAGCACAAGAGCAGAUAAGACAAACUUUAAAAUUCCAGGAAACCUCAACCGGAGAAGAAUUUUCUGUGCUGAAGUCAUUUUUCUCUGCCACCUCAGAGAAAAAACAAGAAUUUACAUUUAAUCUUGCCAAUGCCCUCUACCUUCAAGAAGGAUUCACUGUGAAAGAACAGUAUCUCCAUGGCAACAAGGAAUUUUUUCAGAGUGCCGUAAAACUGGUGGAUUUUCAGAAUGCAAAGGCUUGUGCAGAGACAAUAAAUACCUGGGUAGAAAGCAAAACAGAUGGAAAAAUUAAAAACAUGUUUUCAGGGGAAGAAUUUGGCCCUCUGACUCGGCUUGUCCUAGUGAAUGCCAUUUAUUUCAAGGGAGACUGGAAACAGAAAUUCAGAAAAGAGGACACGCAGCUGAUGAAUUUCACUCAGAAAGAUGGUGCGGCAGUCAAAAUUCCAAUGAUGAAGGCUCUUCUGAGAACAAAAUAUGGUUAUUUUUCUGAAUCCUCCAUGAACUACCAGGUUUUGGAGUUACCUUAUAAAGGUGAUGAGUUUAGUUUAAUUAUCAUACUUCCUGCAGAAGAUGUGAACAUAGAAGAAAUGGAAAAACUCAUUACUGCUCAUCAAAUCCUGCAAUGGUUCUCUGAGAUGCAAGAAGAGGAAGUGGAAAUCAGCCUCCCCAGAUUUAAAGUAGAACAGAAGUUGGACUUCAAAGAAGCUUUGUAUUCUUUGAAUAUAACUGAGGUAUUUAGUGGUGGCUGUGACCUUUCUGGAAUAACAGAUUCGUCUGAGGUAUAUAUUUCCCAAGUCAUGCAACAAGUUUUCCUUGAGAUAAAUGAAGAUGGUGGUGAAGCUGCAACAUCAACUGGCAUAGACAUCCCUGCGAUCAUGAAUCUGCAUCGAAACCAAUUUAUAGCAAACCAUCCGUUUCUGUGUAUUAUGAAGAAUAACCCAACAGAAUCAAUUGUGUUUAUGGGCAGGGUGAGAGAUCCCGACAACCAAAAGAUGAAAGGAAGAGAUUUAGAUUCCCUGUGAAUGAAAAGCACAGCCUCAGAAUAUAAUUCCUGGAAAAUAGUUGAUUGGCCAGAUAUCAUCAAAUAUCUUCUGUCUACCUUUUUCUGUUUUAAGUGGUGCCUGUAUUCAUCUGUAUUCGGAGUAAAUGACAUUAUUAAUAAAUGAAAUGAUGCAUUCAA